AUGAGUGCAUACCGUGGACAUAAGCGUCAGCAUUUCAGUAAAGCCGGUGGUCGUCGUGGAAGGGAUCAUGAAAAUGCAGCUGUAGAUGAGAACAACCCGGUCAUUCAGUGUUUCCGUGAGUACGCGGCGAUUCUAGACGCAAAACACGAUAAAUACGAACGCAUAGUGAAAAUCAGCCGCGACAUUACGAUCGAAUCGAAGCGGAUCAUCUUUCUGCUGCACACCAUUGAUUUUCGGAAGAACAAUUUGCAGAAAGUUUGUGGGGAGGCGAAGGAACGCCUGGAAGCUAUUUUUCGCAAUCAUUUUGUUAUCAUAGCAAAGGAACUGAAGGAUCAAGAUCCAUACCAGUAUGCCCGGGCGUAUACGAAUGGAAUGCAAGAGUUUAUUGAAGCUUACACAUUCUACGAAUACUGUAGUGGAAAAGAUAUUUCGAACUGGGAUGCUAUUCAAAAAAAGCUAAUAUACAAAAAAAGCCAAAAGGACGAACAAAGUGAUGCCGAAAGCAUCACAGAAAGGGACGAUACAAAUCCUUGUUCCGAUUCGCCGUUGGAGAACGCGAUAAUAGACACAACUACACCGCCCAAGAAAGAAAGCGAAACAUCGGAGAUGAUUUGUAUGCUGCACCCGCAGGACUUUGUGCUGGGCCUAGGUGAUCUUAGCGGCGAAAUUAUGCGAACGUGCGUCAACUCACUCGGUUCGGGAAAUUCUGAAAGUUGCUUCCAACACUGCCGCUUUAUGCAAGAGCUUUAUAAAGGUUUCUUGCGUGUAAAUGCGAUACGGAGUCGUGACUUUUCGCAUAAGAUGGUCACUUUACGGCAGAGUUUAUUGAAAAGUGAGAAUGUGUGCUACAACGUCACGGUGCGAGGCGGUGAAGCAGCCAAAUGGGGCACAACAGAUGACGUCUCCAAUGCGCUGUUCCAAGUACAGCUUUCAAAGGACGACGACGAUGAGGGCAUAUUUUUCUAAACUGCUGUUAGAACUGAAUCCAUAAUAAGGUAGGACAGUUAUUAUUUUCACUUG